UUUUGGCUCAUCCUUAGAGAGGUGAAACACACCAACUUCACUUGUUUGCUAUUUGAGUACAAUCAACCUCAAAAACCACUAGCCAUCUCAAUCUUGAGCUGCAAGGUUAGCCACAUUCAUUGAUGGACACUCCAAAUUUGAAACCAAUCUCCUCAUACAAGAAGGGGCGAAGCGGUUAUGAACCCUCAGACACAGAAACUGAGUGGCAUGAUACUCCACGCCAUGAACGAGAAAGAAGGAACUUGAAUUUUGGUCCUGAAGAAGCAAAGGCUCUGAAUCUCAUGAGCAAUCACAGAAGGCACCAAAGCAAGUCACCUUAUAGGCCACACAUAGCAGUUAACAAUGAAGAUGAUGAUGCUUCGUUAUCAUACACAACAACAGGUUCGAACAUGCGGAGAAAUAUCAGUCCUUUGCCUAGGCCUGACCUUGGUAGAACAGUGUCUCCUUUUAACAGACAUCGCCUUGAGCAAAGAGAAAACAGAGGAAAAACUGGUUCAGUGCUUCUUGAUGUGGAAAGAGUGACUGAGAAGCCAAUGUUCAGAAGAGCAGUGACUGCUCCAAGAUUGAGGGAGCAACAGAUCAAACCUUUGCAAAAUGGGGGAAGAACCCCCAAGAUUUUGAAAGCACCUUCAGUUGGUGAAAUCAAUGAAAUGAUAGCUCAGGUGAAAUUAUCCAAAAACCACCCUAAUGGUGAUUUUUCAUCAUCACAGCUAGAAAGUACUGAGUCCAUUCAACCAGGUGAUCUUUUCUUUUCUCGUGAAUGCAAUGCCUUGCAAGGGAAUAAGAAUACUUCUUUGCAGAAAAAUAUUCAGCAAUUUGGGUAUUUUAGUCCAAGACCCCCAAUGGUUACUACCAUCAAUCCAAUGAGAGAAAAUGGUAACCUCAAUAUCCGAGGAACCUCUUCUAGUGCCUUAUCUCGUUCGACUACGAGGACAAGUAGUAGAAAGGGGAGUGUUACAGGGAAGCCAAGUUCCAGUGCUAGUGUGAGCAGUGCAAGCACAUGGAAAUUCACAUCCAAUAUAAAGAAGGCUCAGAAAGAUACAUGGUUGGGUUGUAUGAUGAGAACAGGAAACUGCAGGACAACAAGAAAAUCGCCUGAACGACGGCCCAUUGAUGAAGGUUCUUUGAUUGAGAAGGCGGUUGUAGCAGAAAGUCUACCGGAAUUCUGGGCAGAUAAACACCAACCUGAUUCGCUUAAUGGCUUCAUCUGCAACAGACAAGAAGCUCAGCUUCUCAAGGAAUUAGUGUCUCAGGGCUCUUGUCCUCAUAUUUUACUCAAAGGACCCCCUGGUUCAGGAAAAAGAGAACUUGCAAGAGCUCUUCUUCGAGAAAUAUACGGUGAUGCAUGCUGUAAUCUGUCCCAUGAUUUAAGACAUUUCCAGGACAAAAGAACAAUGAAAGUGUCCGUUCCAGUAACAUCCAGUUCUCAUCACAUGGAGCUCAAUGUAAAUUCAGAACCAAAUGUCAAAUAUGCUUUAAUGGGAUUGAUCAAAGAAAUUAGCAAUAUUUAUGCAAUUGCCCCUGAAGUCAGCAAUAUGAAUUUCAAGUCAGAUUAUAAAGUGAUAAUUCUUUAUGAGGUCGACAAAGCAGUAGAGAACAUCCAGCACUUGAUCAAAUGGAUUAUAGACCGCUAUUCAGAUACAUGCAAAUUAGUACUUUGCUGUGAAGAUGAUGCUAACAUUAUUGGACUUGUGAAAAACCGUUUCAAAGUUAUCAAAGUUGAUCCACCUCAAACUCAUCAAAUUAUGGAGGUUCUUAUUCAGAUAGCAAACCAAGAGGAAAUUGAUCUAUCCAAGAAUUUUGCUAUGAAGAUUGCUACAAGAUCUAAGCAUAACCUCAGGGAAGCAAUCAUGGCUCUUGAAGCAUGCAAAGCACACAACUAUCCAUUUUCAGAAGAACAACCAAUUUCUGUUGGAUGGGAGAAGAUCAUUUUAGAAGUUGCUGCAGAGAUUCUAGCUGAUCCAUCAUUUUCACGCUUACUCUCCAUACGAGGGAAAUUUCAAAUGCUUCUCCUGGAUUUUGUCCACCCCAAAUUGAUUCUCCUGAAACUUGUGGAUCAGCUCCUAAAAAGAAUUGAUGGCAGCUUAAAAAGGGAGCUCUACUACUGGCAUGCUUAUUAUGACAGAAGACUCCCACCAGGAACAACAGCUUUACUAAAAUUAGAAGAAUCUGUGGCCAAGUUCAUGAGCAUAUGCAGAAAAAGCUCUGGCACUCGGCAAUAUGUGUAGGUUAACAUGGAUGCAGCUACUGGAUGAAUCCUUGCACAAACACAUUUAAGAUUUAUGAAUGUCAGUAUCAUAUGAGCAGCACUAACUAAUGUUUCCCUAAUCAAAUGGAUUAAUGGAACAUAUUUUAGUAUAUAUCAGAAAAGAAGGUACUGAGAUAGUUUCUGCUACUUAUAUUAUAAAGAUUUAUACACAUUACUAGCAAUGCACAAUACUUUAUGCA